GUUACUGCCUCUUGCACAUUUCUCCACUGCAUCAGCCUGAAGGACGCUUUCCUGGACAUUUCAGAGAAAAACAAUCAAAAUCCUUGAAACAGAGAAGAAAUUGUCCCCUUCUGCAGUGGGAUGAAGCAUGUAAGGCAUUUUGUCCCCUCCUUAUUUCUCAGUUUGGUGCACGUUUGUCUGGUUCAGGCAAAUUAUGCCCCCUAUUUCUUCGAUAAUGGAGCCAGGAGCACAAAUGGGAACAUGGCACUCCUCAGCCUUUCCGAGGACACACCAGUUGGUACCCACGUUUAUACUCUGAAUGGAACUGAUCCGGAAGGAGAUCCUGUGACGUACGGCCUGACCUACGAGGCUGGAUCCAGGCGCUACUUUUCUGUUGAUGGGAACCUUGGAAAUGUGACGCUGAUUGAGGAACUUGACAGAGAGAAAGAAGAUGAGAUUGAAGUUAUUGUCAGUAUUUCAGAUGGCCUGAGUACAGUUUCAGAGAAAGUGAGGAUCCUUGUAACAGAUGCUAAUGAUGAGAGCCCAGAGUUCAUCAAUACACCUUACAUAGUCCAAGUCCCAGAGAACUCUCCUUCUGGCAGCAGUAUCUUUAAGAUUGAGGCAGUUGACAGAGACACUGGUUCUGGAGGAAGUAUCACCUACUUCUUGCAGAACAUCCAUGCUAAUAAGUUUACAAUAGACCGUCACAGCGGCGUCCUGCGCAUCAAAUCGGGGAUCACCCUGGACUACGAGAAGUCAAGAACACAUUUUGUUGUCGUGGUAGCCAAGUGACUUCUUUUCCAAGAUGGCAGUGGGAAGCUGAGGGGAGACAACAAAGUGUUCUCAGCCACAACAACUGUCACCAUCAACGUGGAGGAUGUUCAGGACACUCCUCCCAUGUUCAUUGGGACUCCCUACUAUGGAUACGUCUAUGAGGAUACGCUUGCAGGCUCUGAGGUCCUCACUGUUGUUGCACUUGAUGGAGACAGAGGAAAGCCAAACAGUAUUCAUUACUCCAUCGUGAACGGAAGUGAAGGUUCUUUUGAAAUCAGCAACACCACCGGAGCCAUUUCUGUUAUAAAAAGUCCAAAUCAGCUCAAGAAAGAAGUGUAUGAACUAAGAGUUCAGGCAUCAGAAGUCAGCCCAGAAGGGGAUGUCUCAGCAUAUGCCUUUGCCAUGGUGACUAUAAGGGUGGUCGACCUCAACAACCAUCCGCCGACAUUUUAUGGAGAAAGCGGUCCCCAGAACAGAUUUGAACUGACCAUGUACGAGCAUCCCCCAGAGGGUGAAAUCUUGAGAGGGCUGAAGAUUACUGUCAAUGAUUCAGAUCAGGGAGCCAAUGCUAAAUUCAACCUCCGUCUUGUCGGACCCGGUGGCAUUUUUCGAGUCGUUCCCCAGACGGUCCUGAAUGAGGCUCAGGUUACAAUAAUAGUGGAAAAUUCUGCUGCUAUUGACUAUGAAAAAUUCAAGGUCUUAACCUUUAAGCUUCUUGCAAUAGAGGUGAACACACCAGAGAAAUUCAGCUCAACAGCUGAUGUAGCGAUACGCCUGCUGGAUACCAAUGACAAUGUCCCAAAGUUCUCCUCUGAUUACUACAUUGCCAGGAUCCCCGAGAACUCUCCAGGGGGCUCAAAUGUAGUUGCUGUAACUGCUACAGAUCCAGACUCUGGGCUUUGGGGAGAAGUCAAGUACUCUAUCUAUGGAACGGGAGCAGAUCUGUUCCUAAUCCACCCAUCGACGGGUAUAAUCUACACCCAACCCUGGGCUGUAUUAGAUGCUGAAGUGAACUCAAAGUAUAAUUUCUACGUGAAAGCAGAGGACACAGAUGGGAAAUACAGCUUGGCUGAAGUGUUUAUCACUGUGCUAGAUGUCAAUGACCACUCUCCAGAAUUCAAUGAAAACAUCCAGGAAAAGACGAUGAUCAUCGGGUCACCAGUGAAGAUAGAGGCUAUAGAUCAAGAUGCAGAAGAACCAAACAACAUUGUGGAUUAUUCCAUCAUGCAAGCAGAUCCAGCCAAUGUGUUUGAUAUAGACCAAAGCACGGGGGAAAUCAAGCUGAAGUCCUAUAUCCGUUCCCUGGACAUCAUCCACAACAUUACAAAGAACAAAGACUGCAUAUGGUCAUUGGUGGUGCAGGCCAAAGACCGAGGCUCCCCAUCCUUCAGUACCACAGCAGUUCUGAAGAUUGAUAUCACGGAGGAGACUCUUCACAAAGGGCCUAUGGCCGCCUUUUUGAUGCAAACUAAAGAUAACCCCAUGAAAGCCUUAGGAGUGCUAGCUGGUGUCAUGGGCAUAAUGGUGCUGAUAACUAUCAUGAUCUCUACUGCCAUGUUCUGGCGCAAUAAGCGGUCCAACAAAAUCAUGCCGGUAAGAAGGAUCAUAAAAAAGAGACAGACCCAGCCGUCCCGCACGGUGAGGAUGGAGUGGCUGAAGUUCAAGAGGCCUAGUAAUGCUGCGGAGAAGUUUGUCGUUGAGGACGAUGCCAAGAGCCUGCAGAACGAGAACAGCAACAACAACGUCCAGGCAGCCCCCGUGCCCCCAGCCGCUCCCUUGCCCCCGCCGCCCCCCAACCUGGCCGCCAGUGGGAACACCGCAGUGUGGCGGGUGCCAACUGUGUCUGGCUCCCUCACUCCCAAGUUCAUCAACAAGCAGCUGAAGAAGAGAGGUCAUAGCAGUGCACACAACGCCCUGGUGUCAGAGCUCAAAAUGAAGUUUGAGAAGAGAAAUGCAGCUAUGGGUGAGCCACACAUCUAG